UGUAGCACCACCAUCCUAGAAAUACAUAUGGCCGAGGCUGACAUAUUAUGUUCCGCUCCUUCACGCCUACUAGUUUCUUUUAUUCCCCCCCACCCCUUCCCCUUACACAGAUCAAGAAAAAAAGAUUUGUCAUCCAAAUCUCCACACCAGGAUAGAUGGUACCGCCCUUUUUGGAGAUGGAGGGGAGAUAUAUAGCAAUGAUGGAGAUGUGUCGCAUUGUUGGAGACAGAAAUCGGCUUAUUGCAAUAUUACUUCUGGUUUCAGAAAAUGUCAUGAAUAUUAUCCUCUUCCAUUUUCAAGACAGUUCUUACGAGUGUGAUCCCACUAAGUCCAUAAAAAGGCUCACGUAUAAUUCAAAGCCUGAUACUAAUAAUGAUGAGUUGAGCUUCCUUUGUGGGAAAGUAAUUUCUACAAUGGAAAAGCUUGGGUCGCUAAGUGAGGUCUUCCAUUUUUCCAGCUUCCAGCGACGGUCAUUGAUCCAACACAGAACUCGCAGGCGGCGGCAAAAUUUUGAAUCAUCUGUCGAUUCAGUCUUGGAAAGACGGUCUUUCUCACUUCCUCCUCCCGGCCUCUUCGAUUUUUAGGUUGUGUCACUGAGCUAAUUGAACAUUAAAUGGUCAAUAAAGCAAGUAAGGAUGUUAUUAAAUGUAAAUUUCUUAUCAGUGUCGUUUACUAAUAAUCUUAAUCUUAAAAGCUUAUAAUGGCCAAUGAAGAUUAGGGUAUUUAAGGAAUUAAAAAAAUGUUGGUGUAAUCAGCCAGCUUAAUUGAGUGGUACUGUAUGUUUUGCCGUCUGUACUCUAUUAUUAAAGGGCGUAACUUCCGUUUAAUUUCCAUCUGUGCGCUAGCUACCAUCCGUUCCAUCUUCCUCUCUAAUCCUAGCCUUGGAUACACAGUCCGUUCUUUUAUCUCUCGUCACUCCCAACCUUGCCAAUGUUGCCAUCACACAGCUCUCCCGUCCACCCGAACCUUCCAGGAGACUACCAGGUUGGUAAAGCUGGAGGAGUUGAAUGGAAAACAUGUCUGAUAAUUGUUUAAUUUCGAAGAGGAGGCAGAAUUUCAAUCACUUGUGAUACGACAAAUACACUUAGCUUCUACUAUGUUCUACUCAUGCUGGCAAUAGAUUGUGCACAUUGGAUUGGAAUACUCGUUCUGUUUUUUCCCUGCCUUUCAACAUGUGGUAGUCUUGCUGCUCCUCACAAGUCACAUCUAGAGAGACCCACCUGGGCUGCUGCUAUAUGGUUUGGUGAUUAAAGAAAGAUUCAGUUUUUUUUCUUGAGAAUUAAUUUGUGGUUUUACUAUUCAAGUACUUUUACUAUAUAUCCACGUUCAUGCUGGGAAUUUUGACAAUCUGGCUAGGAUUUGCCCAACAUUUUACUAAACUUAAGGUGGAAAAGGGUUCAUCUUUUGUUAUUAUAAAUAUGUUAUUGCAGUAAAAAAAAUCAUACCAAACAUAUCUUCUAUGCUUACGAAUUCACUAACAGUCUAACAUACUAUGGAUUCCAAGCCAUAAGUGGUGGUGUUUAUUGCCCUCAAUUUAUAGGCUCAAGGGGAAAAGUGUACUUUUGAUAUUUAAUUGUGUUUUAGCACUAUAUUACCUAUUUUUACCAUAAAAACAUGUGAACAUAUGUGAGUGCUAAACCUCAAUAUGGAGAAAAAGUCCAACGAUGAGAUGAGAAGCACAUGACAUUCAUUUGAUAUCAUUGUAACAAAGCUCUUGAAAGCUAAGGUUAAUAUAUCAUCGUCAAUUUCCAUAUUUUCUGCAUAAUGCAUUGAAUUUAUUUUUUAGUAUAUAAGAGUUUUUAUUACUAAAGAAUGAGGGGGAGGGGUGUCAUUUAAAAUAUUUAUCUUGUGUGAUGAUACUUUUCUCACACAAUAAACAAUUAACUCAUCAUAAAAUAGUAAUGAGAAAAUCAGUUAUUUAAAAUUGUACGCACAAGUGGUACAACUCUAUUUACUAACAACCAUUUCAUUCUAUUAUAUCUAUGCAGUGGCCCAAAUUUUAAAAAUGUCUUUAUUUUCAGUGUAAAAAUUGCGUGUAAUUUUUUUUUCAAAAAUAUUCUUUGUCCGGGCCCAGUCUGGCCCAGUGUCCUGUCUCCGCCCCUAUAUCUAUGAGAAUAUUAUUGGGCAUUUCCUCCUCGCGCAUGGCGCGAGCAAGAAACUAGUAUUAAUAUAUUGAGAGAACAGAGUGUCGUUUAAAGCACAAUUGAAAGUUGUUUUACUUUAAUUCCCCCCUUUCAACUUCCUCAAACGAUGUCUUUCAACUAAAUGAAUUCUUUUUAAAACCUUAGUUUGUACUUCUUAUCAGCACCACCAGCUCAACAGGGGAGAAGUCAGGGGCGCUGGAAGACUAAAACGGAAGAGGGUUCAGGGGCGCCGGCCAUAACAAUACCUAUACAUACCUCAACUACUCCGGCGAAGGGGGAGCGCCAGCACCGGCUCGCCCCCUAGUUCCGCCGCUGUUUGCAUGGUGUCAAACGGCUGCCCUCACCUUUCAUUCCAGUUGCACGCAUGCUUCAUCACCAUUCACCCCUCUGAGGCAUCAAUUCUCUCACUUCCACCUUCUCCCUCCAUCUUUGCAUUGAUGCAUAGGGCUUCUCCGUCCAUCAAUUUUAUUAGCAACGUACAUAUCCACAACAACUCAAUGAGCUAGCGGCGUGGAGUCAUUUGCAGUCGCCGUCGGGGAAUCCCCUCCCGGGCACACCGUCUUGCAGCCACUGUCACCAAGACAUCCCCUUGCGGUCUCACACGAAUUUUCCCGCCGCUUAUCACCUCGGCGGCCAUGAACAGAUUCACAAAGAAGCUGCGAGGGAACAAAAAAAAAGAAACCAUUUUUUGUGGGUUGAGAAGAAGAUACGAAGCUAAUUUAUGAAGCUUCCUUGGCAGAGUUAUUUCGGUGGCCAAGGAAGACAUACGAAGUGUAUAUAUCCAUUGGCAGAAUCAAUGAACUCAUUGCAACAAGAAUUUAGCUUGACAAUUUCAUCGGGUGAGAAGGGUUAAGGGCGAGAAGGGUUAAGAAACUGCGGUGGAUGUGAUUUGCCUACGGUUCUAUUAGGUUGCAUAUUAUUAAGGACAUAAUAGGGAUUAUUAAAAAUAUGUGGUUCUAUUCAGUAAAAUGGUGGCUGUGAAUAGAAUUCCCCUAAAAAAUUUCGUGUAAAGGUUUUUCUAAAAAUAUUCUUUGUCCCGACCCAGUCCGGUCCAGUGUCCUGGUUCCGCUCCUGCAUCAUAGUACCAUGUCUUUUCCUUGAACACAAAUUGAAUCUUUUUCAAUAAAAUUGGUAGUUUUUAGUUAGACGAAUUAUAACGAUUUUAUAAGAUUCAUUGAUUUGUAUAUCUUGAUAGUAAUUCGUAAGAAUUUGAAAGCAACCAUGAACAGUUUGAGUACGA